ACCGGGACGAUUCAAAGCGCCUUUCGCACACUUCUUCUUUCUUCUUCUUCUUCUUCUUUGGAGCCAGAUACUAAUUUAAUUGAUCGCUCAUCGCUUCCGUUGCAUCAUUACUCAGAAAACUCACUGAUGUUGCGCACAACGUACUUGUAGCAGGUAAAUCAGUCUUGGAUUCAGGUAUUACAGCCAGGCUGGUACCAUUCGAUCACUAGAAAACGAGCAGCACUUGGCAAGACUCAUGAGACCAUAGUUUACAUAUUUUUACUGGAAGCCGCCAAUACGGAGUGAUAAUGGGAGAUCUCAACACAAAUGCUGCAGCCAGUUCUGCAUAUCCCGGGCCAUGUCUUCCAACGCCAAAUCACAUACGUCUCGUCUCUCUCCAGCCGGGAAGCGAUAACUCAAUUAUAUGUGAACUUUUGAUUGCUGAAGUUCAUUCAAACAUCUCUUAUGAAGCAGUAUCAUAUACCUGGGGAGACCCCGGUGACCGCCAAACUGUCUUUAUUAAAUCUCACAAGCACGAGCGACCAAGAGAAUUAUUUGUAACUUCUAAUUGUGUCUCUGCCCUUCGUCGCUUACGAUAUCAAGACCGUCCACGUAUUUUAUGGAUAGACGCUUUGAGCAUUGAUCAAUCGAAUUUGGUGGAAAGAAAUCACCAAGUGUCUCUUAUGGCUGCGAUUUACUCCAGUGCCACAAACGUUGCCAUCUACCUCGGCGAGGCUUCAGAGGACAGCGAGCAAGCGAUUAACUUUAUCAUAGAAUGCGCUACACCGUCUUCAGAUACAAACUCUCUGAGCUACAUAAAAUCUGCGCCAUUGGUUCGAGCAUUAAGCAGCUUCUUCCAUCGAUCUUGGUUUACAAGAGUAUGGGUUUUACAAGAAGCUGUACUACCAGCUACUGGCAUAGCUUAUUGCGGAAACAAAACACUGCCCUGGUCGACAAUUAAGCAUUUCAGUGGUUGGAACACAAACAACAAAUGGCUACAACAGCUGCCAUUUGUAGUCUCUGACCCUAAAGUCUCGCCGAUAGAGCGCCAGGAACUACCGCCGAUGCUUAAACUCCUUAUUCAAGCAAGACAUUGCGAAGCAACAGAUCCCCGAGAUAAGAUCUAUAGCAUGCUAUCGUUGCUGGGCACGCCAGACAAGCAAUUCAGCCUCAAGCCACGAUAUGAAGAUCCAGUUGCUAAAGUCUAUACGGACUGCGCCCUUGCCCUCAUGGCUGAUAGCGGCUGUAAUCUUCUCAGUGCUGUGCAGGGGGGUUCGACGAUUGAUGGUCUGCCAUCAUGGGUACCAGACUGGAGUGUCCAACCCAGACGCGAAAUUCUUGGGACGUCUAUGCGCGUAACACGAAACAGACCUUAUAACUUCGAAGAGCGAGCGGGGAAUCCUAAAUCACCACAGGUUAUCUUGGAUGAACCAACUCCCGGUACGAUGAAAGUAUCCGCGAGAUUACGUAUAGCUGGCUACGCAUGUGGCAAGAUUACAAAAGUCGGGUCGCCAUAUCUCGCCGGCCAAGGCCAGUUUCCAUUACAUGAGUGGAAGUCUCUACUACAGGAUGAUGCUGUAGUUGGUAGGAGACAGGCAAACGUCGUACCUCUCAACUUCCAUGGCGAUGACUCAAAUGAAUAUAUUUUCCACAAAGUCAUAGGCGCCGCUGGAUUUGGAUAUGCCAGUGCAAUUUUUCGAUUUGUCCAGAAGGAGGCCAAAAUAAAGCAAGCGCCAGAGGGCGACGUAUCUGCACUGAGCUGGGAAUCCAGUGUCAGGCAAAUGGCUUCGGAAAGGCAUUCUGCACAAGCCACUGAAGAUUUUGCGUUGCCAUUCACAGAUAUUCCAUUCCAUCUUGCAGCAAAGGACCAGCCUCCCAGCUACAGGGCCUAUGUCCAAUUUGUGUUAAAGAACUGCCACUCCCGUCGCUUUUUUAUCACUGACACAGGGUACAUGGGCAUUGGGCCUGAAGGGGCUAAGAUUGACGACAAAAUCUACAUUUGUGUGGGUGCUGCAAUUCCAUUCGCAUUUAGGGACGUCGACGAGAAUUGCAACGGCCAAAGUUCGAAAGUUUUCCAGUUGGUGGGAGAAUGUUAUACAGACGAAAAGGCGUGGAGAGACCUAGAAGACAGAAUCAACUCACCUCAGUAUUUUGAUGUUAUAUAACGAAAUCUAAUGCC